CGCACUUCGCCAUGCCCAAUGCGGCUACCACCUUUUUACCCCAGCCGGCCUUAACGUUGUCCCCGAACGCUUGUCGUCGGCUUUGACAUUUCACCUUUGGCAUGUCCCGUAUGCCAUAAACCGAGGCCACAGUACUUGAUUAUGUUCCUGUCGCAUGCAGAGUUUGUCCUCACGUUCCACUCACCAUGAAGUCCUUUGCAUCCAGAGAAGCCACACGGCUCUUGAGCCAGUCCGCUAUAGCACGAAAAGCGCCAAUUGCGGCCACGCGAAACCGGAAUGCAUGGCAACAAACACAAAGGAGAGGGUUCAGUAGAACAAGCAAGCUGUUAGUGGUCAAGCCGUAUCUGCUGGCGGAUAUCGGGGAAGGUAUCACCGAAUGUCAAGUCAUCCAGUGGUUCGUCAAGCCCGGCGCGCGUGUCGAGCAGUUCGAUCCUAUCUGCGAAGUACAGUCGGAUAAGGCUUCAGUCGAAAUUACGUCGCGAUUUGAUGGCGUUAUCAAGAGGCUGUACUAUGAAGCUGACGACAUGGCCAAAGUCGGCAAGCCUCUGGUAGACAUCGACAUCCAAAGCGACAUAUCCCCCGCCGACGAAGCCUUGCUCAAUGGAGGGUCAGGCAAAGAGCCGUCUCAGGACCCAGAACCCCAAGAACAAGUUCUGGAGGUUGGUAGAAACGACACAAAAGCUGCAAGCGGAGACUCGUCACUUCCGGGGCAAUCGUCUUCUCUACCCGAACCUCCUAGAGAAGAGCCAAAACCACAACGGCAAUUGGGCAAGCAUGCAAUGCUGGCAACACCUGCUGUACGACACAUGAUCAAGGAAUUCAAUCUAAACAUAGAAAACGUGGAAGGCACAGGAAGAGACGGCCGCGUACUGAAAGACGAUGUACAAAGACAUGUAGAGGCAGCGAAGCAGACCAGCAGCACACCGACAACUCCCGCAUCACCAGCACCCACACCUCCCCAGCAACAACUCGAAGACCAAGUACGGCCCCUGACACCGAUCCAGUCAGGCAUGUUCAAACAAAUGACCAAAUCCCUCUCCAUACCCCACUUCCUCUACACCGACACCGUCGACUUCAGCUCCCUAACCGCCCUACGCAAAAAAUACAACCACAACCGCGAGAAAUCCGACCGAAUAACCCCACUCCCCGUAAUCAUCAAAGCCGUCUCCCUCACUCUCGAGCAAUUCCCCCUCUUAAACGCUCACCUGGACACCACCACAAACCCCGCAAAGCCGCAAAUCACACUCAAAGGCAGCCACAACUUCGGCAUCGCCGUCGACUCGCCCUCGGGCCUGCUCGUCCCCGUUAUCAGGAACGUGCAGAGCCACAGCAUUGCGUCUCUCGCGCAGGAGAUCUCGCGUCUGGCGAACCUCGCGCGGAACGGGAAACUUUCUUCUGCUGACCUUGCUGGCGCGACGUUCACGCUUAGUAAUAUCGGGAGUAUAGGCGGGACGGCUGUGGCGCCUGUUAUUUCGGCGCCGCAAGUGGCUAUCAUGGCUUUGGGUAGGGCGAAGGUGGUGCCUGCGUUUGGGGAGGAUGGGGAGCUGAUCAGGCGCGAGGAGUGCGUGUUUAGCUGGAGUGCGGAUCAUCGGGUUGUGGAUGGGGCGUAUGUGGCGCGGGCGGCGGAGGAGGUGAGGAAGUGUAUUGAGGGGGUUGAAGGGAUGCUCGUUAGGAUGAGGUGAUAUGGGGUGUUUUUCUUGUUUUAGCAGAUCCAUGGUAGAUGAUGAAUGUGUUUAUGAAAAGCGCCUAUUUCAUGAUUGAUGGCGGCCUGCCUUUUUUGGGAUGAAUAUGAGCUGCUUCCACAUUUCAAGGCUCUCCCU